GACCACCCCGCGAACGAUUACUGCCACCGCGGCCCCCCAUCCAGCAUCUCGAGCGACCCCAACAUAGACCGAAGUCGCUCAAUUAUCCGCCGUCAUGUCUGAGACUGUCGACCCCCGCAUGAUGUCCGUAACCCCCAGGUUACGGUACAACACCAUUGGUGGCAUCAACGGACCAUUGGUCAUUCUCGAGAGCGUCAAAUUCCCCAAGUUCAACGAGAUUGUGUCCUUGACGCUUCCUGAUGGAACGGAGCGGUCUGGUCAAGUCUUGGAGGCCCGAGGAAACAAGGCCGUUGUACAGGUCUUCGAGGGCACCUCCGGUAUCGAUGUCAAGAAGACAAAAGUCGAGUUCACCGGUCACAGUUUGAAGCUCGGUGUGUCCGAGGACAUGUUGGGUCGUAUCUUCGACGGAUCUGGUAGGGCUAUUGAUAAGGGACCCAAGGUCCUUGCGGAGGACUACUUGGAUAUCAACGGUAGUCCCAUCAACCCAUACUCUCGUGUGUACCCCGAGGAAAUGAUCUCGACCGGUAUCUCCGCCAUUGAUACCAUGAACUCCAUCGCUCGUGGUCAGAAGAUCCCCAUCUUCUCCGCCUCCGGUCUCCCCCACAACGAAAUCGCUGCGCAGAUUUGUCGACAGGCUGGCUUGGUCGGAAAGCCUACGAAGGGUGUGCACGAUGACCACGAUGAGAACUUCUCCAUCGUUUUCGGUGCCAUGGGUGUCAAUUUGGAGACCAGCCGAUUCUUCACACGUGAUUUCGAGGAGAACGGCAGUAUGGAACGUGUCACUUUGUUCUUGAACUUGGCCAACGAUCCUACUAUCGAGCGUAUCAUCACACCUCGUCUUGCCCUUACCACGGCCGAAUACUACGCCUACCAGCUCGAGAAGCACGUUCUCGUCAUUCUUACUGAUUUGUCGUCCUACUGCGACGCUCUUCGUGAGGUCUCAGCUGCCCGUGAAGAAGUGCCAGGUCGCCGUGGUUACCCCGGUUACAUGUACACGGAUUUGUCGACCAUCUACGAGCGUGCCGGACGUGUUGAGGGCCGAAACGGUUCCAUUACCCAGAUCCCCAUUCUCACUAUGCCUAACGAUGAUAUCACACAUCCCAUCCCCGAUUUGACCGGCUACAUCACGGAGGGCCAGAUCUUCAUCGACCGUCAGCUCGACAACAAGGGCAUCUACCCGCCCAUCAACGUCCUCCCCUCCCUCUCCCGACUCAUGAAGUCCGCCAUCGGCGAGGGCCGCACGCGCAAGGACCACGGCGACGUCUCCAACCAGCUCUACGCCAAGUACGCCAUCGGCCGCGACGCAGCCGCCAUGAAAGCCGUCGUCGGCGAGGAGGCCCUCUCCUCCGAAGACAAGCUGUCGCUCGAGUUCCUCGAGAAGUUCGAGAAGACGUUCAUCGCACAGAGCCCCUACGAGAGCAGAUCGAUCCACGAGUCCCUCGACCUCGCCUGGUCCCUCCUCCGCAUCUACCCCAAGGAACUCCUCAACCGCAUCCCCGCAAAGGUCCUCGACCAGUACUACCAGCGCAAGCGCGACGAGGGUGAGCGCAAGAAGAAGCCUGCAACCAAGGACGCGAAGGACAACUCCGGCGAGCAGGGCGAGAACCUCAUCGACGUUUAAAGGUCUCUCCAUCCCCCCGUCUCUCUCCCACACAUACAUACAUAAACCCACCCACACACCCGCGCGCUCGCCCCCAUGUAAAGAAGCAACAGAAGGAACGAUGGAAAGAUGGAAUCGAAGGAAUUGGAAUCGGAAGGUGAUAUAGAAAUUCUAUGCUAAGGUCGCGCAAACCAAACCUUUUUUUUAUAUUUGAAUUGUUGUACUCGAAAUAUGCAAACGGGGAAUCUUAUGCGUAAUCUUGAUAUCAUCUUCGUCGUUUGCCUCCUCAUCCCCUUUGACUGAACACAAAUUUAUCGGAGACAUGUCGAUCUAUUCUCCUUUUGGCACGAAUGAAUUCGGGGGCUGAGUGGGUAGAAGAUGGAGGAAUGGAUUGAUGAUGACCUCACGUGUUACGACCUCGCCGCCCUCGCCGC